AAAGAUGUGUUCUUCGAGUAAGGGCCGGUUGUUCUAACUUCUUGGUAAGUUAACUGAUAGUUAAAUCAUUUAUCUUUGUCUAAGUUGGAGGAAAAAUAAAAACAGAUAUAUGAUUCAAUUAUCAUUUAACUUGCUAAGAAGUCGGAAUAACAAGCCCUAAAUCAAGGGCCGUAGAUCUCGAGGUCGAUUCUCGAGAUUAUUUACCUUUUUCACAUGAUACAUACACAGCUGGUCGUUUCUUAUGCGGAUAAUGCAAAUGAUGUGGAAUACUGUAAAUUAUAUUAAAAUAUACGAGAAAGAACAAUCAAAUGAUAAAGCAGUCACCGUAUUUGUUUUGAAUAUUUAUUAUAAACGUAAUGUUUAAAAGAGGCGAUAAAUAGUGUAAUAUUUUUAUUUUGUUUAACAUUUUGGUUUUGUUGGAUGUGACAAAUUGGUAAAUUAACUCUGUAAGCGUGAAUGUAAUCGGAGUCUAUCUUGUGGGUUUUAACCUCUUAAAAAUUUGUGAAUUUCAAGGUUAGGAAAUGACAUUCGUAAAUUUAUAUCAUGAUUCCAAAGAUUAAAUAAAGAUAUAAACAUUUUUUAAUUAAUUUUCGAGCAAGAGAGCCAUAUGUCCUUCCAACGAUAUUCAAAGAUUACUCACUGUCCACAUAAAUGACAUCUUAUACAUGGUUUCCAUUGACUGUACGUAGACGCAGAACAUCAUAAUUUUUCGUAUAAACGACAACUUUAAUUAAUAAUUAAAAGUGUACAAUCGUGAAUUAUCCUCUAAAUCUUAUUAAAAUCCGCCUUUAUAUAUUUCGUUUAAAACAUCUGUCUUCCGCGGCUACAUCCUUGUCGCGCAAAUUUUUCGCAUUUGAAGGGGGACAGAGAUAUAUACCCGGGCUUCGGAGAGAGUGAGAUGGAAGAAGUACAAAGUGUAGAAUGUACAGAUGAGACUGCAUAUUUUAUCACAAAGAACGGCAACUUCAUGCCGUUGGCAUAUCUGUUAGAUAUCUUUAAGGUUAGAUCAGCGAGAAUGUCAAAUAAACAACAAAGUUUAAGAAAGAAAUAAAUGAACUAUUAGUUUUUUUAUCAAUCAUAAUUUCUGACAUCAUGGAACGAAAGCAACACCACACAGAGAAUCGCGCUUUCCCGAAUAUUGUGAAAUGGCUGUUUUUCAUAUUCGGUUUUCCGAUCGCAUUACCUUGGCUAGUGUACGACUUGUUGGAUAUUAUGUGGCAAAAGCAAAAGAAAAAAGGCCUUAAACACAAGGUGGUUAUGAUAACUGGAGCUAGUUCUGGAUUAGGAGAGGCUUUAGCUCAUGUGUUUUACAAAUGUGGAUGCAAGCUUAUCUUGGUGUCUCGCAGACAAGAAGAGUUAAUGAGAGUCAGUAAUGAUCUAACUAGUACUUAUCAGAUAGUUCCAGCUUAUCCACCUAUUAUCUUACCACUUGAUUUGACCAAAAUUAAGGACAUGAAAAAUGAAAUUUUAAAAACUCUAAUGGUGUAUGAUGGCAGCAUUGAUGUUCUUAUAAACAAUGCUGGCAUUUCAUAUAGAGGAGAAACUAUCAGUACAGACAUUGAUGUAGAUAUGAAGGUCAUGAUGUUAAAUUAUUUCUCUCAAAUCUGCUUGAUUAAAACCAUUCUGCCACUUAUGGUAAAACAAAAUUCUGGCCAUAUAGUUGGUAUAAGCAGUGUGCAAGGGAGAAUUGCUAUUCCAUAUAGAUCUGCAUACGCUGCAUCUAAGUACUCAGUACAAGCUUGGUAUGACAGUGCCAGAGCCGAACUCUAUGAUAAAAACAUUAAAUUUACGAUUGUUAACCCAGGAUAUAUCAAAACGAAUCUUUCAUUGAACGCUUUAACUGGAAAUGGACAAGUUUAUGGAAUAAUGGAUGAGACAAUUGAGAACGGUUAUGAGCCAGGAUAUGUAGCUGAGUGCAUCUUAGAAGCUAUAUUGAAGAAGAAAGAAGAAAUUACUAUAGCACCAUUUUCAGUAAAGUGUGCUAUAAUAAUUAGGACUUUAUUUCCUUCGCUCUUCUUUUGGCUCAUGCAAAGACGUGCAAGAAAAUUGAAGAAGAGUUCAUGAUUUCAUCUAUGUUGUUUGUAAAAAUAUUUCCUUUUGUUUGGAUUUAUUACAUAAAAUAUAUUUCUUUAAGAAGUUCUUAAUAUAUAACGGUAAGGAAAACUUAUAAAUAUAGUCAGAUGGUUGAUAUUGAUAGAUGAUGAAGUUGCUCACUGUGCAAAUAUGAGCAAUUCAAACAAUUCCGAUUCUUAUACAUUCGCGCAUUAACGUGCAAUAUAUAUCAGAUAAAUAAAACAGAAACACUAUUCAAAAGUA